AUGCCCAUUUCCGCAACGGUUCCAGAAUCACAGCCAGCAGCCUCCCGCUCUCGCGGCCGGGUGGCAUGGCAGGCCCCAAAGGCGACCGACAGUCCAGCCGGCGGCAGCAGUGACGACAGCAAGACUGCCGUGUCCGCGGCUCCAGAACCGACGCCCUUUCGCCGUGGCCGGACAUCUCGUCCCGAACUAGCUGUUGCGGAGCUGUUCCGGCGAGGUGACGACUUUAGCAUUUGUGGCUUUACAUCAGGAUCCAACGUCGACGAUGACGCUGAUUCCGACUCAAUGACGCAUACUUGCUGUGGGCCCGAAGACCUCACCAUCACGCUCGUUGCCCAAGCAGCAUCUUCGCAAGUCUCGUCCUCCUCGGGGACCGGUCUCACCCAGCUGGACCCCACAACACGACACAGCACCACCUCCAACAUCUUUGGCACGGCCACCCACAGCAGCACCACAUCUGCCACAGGUGCUCACUCGACGAACAAGGCCGGCGAUAAAUCUUCAAGCGGUCUCAGCCCAGGCGCCAUUGGCGGCAUCUCCGUCGGUGCGUUUGUGCUCUUGGUUGCCCUGCUGGCCAUGAUCUGGCGGAUGACCAAGAAGCGCCAGAUGUCGAACAUGGCGGCAGCGUCGCAGUCAGAUCCAUUUGGAGGCAGCGGAGGCGACUCCGGACUCAAGGGCGGACCCAUCGCCGGCGCCAUGGCCAUAGGAAAGACCGGUGGCGCCUACCGGCAGAUUCAGCAGCAGCAACAGGACCAGAUUUAG